AUGGCAUCCCGCAAGAUUGUAGUCUUCGGCGUCACGGGCAUCCAAGGCGCGUCGGUCGCCAAAGCGCUCCUCGCGGACACCGAGAACAAGUGGGACGUGGUCGGGAUCACGCGCGACCCGGCGAGCAAGGGGUCUAAGGCCGUAGCCGACCUCGGCGUGACACUCGCCCAGGGCGACCUCGACGACCCGGCGAGCUACGCGCCCGCGCUGGCCGGCGCGUACGGCGCGUUCAUCAACGCGAACUUCUGGGCGAACUACAAGGGCGACGCGGCGCCCGCCAAGGCGACCGAGAUCCGCCAGUGCUCCGGCGCCGUCGACGCGGCGCUCGCGGCAGGCGUCAAGCACAUCGUGUACUCUGCGCUCGAGAGCUUUGCGCCCGCGCAGGAGCUGCCGCAUUUCGAUUCCAAGGCCGAGGUCGUCGCAUACCUCAAGAAGCUCAACGCGCCCGCCACGCCCCUCUACACGGCGUACUACUACUCGAACGUGUUCAUGAGCGCCAAGGGCGCCGUGCUCGACCUCCCGAUCCCCGAGGACGCGGUCAUCCCUGCGUUUGACGCGGGCCAGAUUGGGCUCUGGGCGCGCGCCGCGUUCCGCGACCCGGCCAAGUGGAUUGGCAAGGACAUGUAUGCCGCCGGCGAAAACAUCACGGCCAAGCAGAUUGCCGCGGUGCUCUCCCAGGUCGCGGGGCACGAGGUCCGCCCGCUCAACUACACGCGCGAGCAGUUCCUCGAGCUGGACAAGAACGGCGCGCUGGACCACGAGAUCUGGCUUAACUACCUCGCGAUUGUGGAGGACCGCUGGCACCGCGACGUCAAGGCUAGCCGCGAGAUCGCGCCCGACGCUUGGGACUUCAAGACCUGGGCUGAGAACAACGCGGCCGCCAUCAAGGAGCACUUUGUCGCGGCAUAG